UUAUUAAAAUAUUUUUAAAAUCUAAAAUCUCUCCAUCUCUCUUACACACAAAGGGCUUUCUGAGUCGGAGGUUGAAGGGCUCAAUAAAGCGGACUAAGAGUCAACCUAAACUGGACCGCAACUCGAGCUUCAGGCACAUCCUCCCUGGCUUCAGAAGUGUUGACAAUGACCGAUCACAUCUGAUGCCGAGGCUGAAGGAGUCUCGCUCCCACGAGUCGUUACUCAGCCCCAGCAGUGCUGUGGAAGCCCUGGACCUCAGCAUGGAAGACGAAGUCGUCAUCAAACCUGUUCACAGCAGCAUCCUCGGACAGGAUUACUGCUUUGAGGUUACAACCUCCACGGGAAGCAAAUGCUUUUCCUGUCGUUCAUCAGCUGAGAGGGACAAAUGGAUGGAGAAUCUGCGAAGAGCAGUGCACCCAAACAAGGACAACAGUCGCCGGGUGGAGAACAUGCUGAGGCUGUGGAUCAUUGAGGCUAAGGACCUGCCGGCCAAGAAAAAGUACUUCUGCGAGCUUUGGUUGGACGACUCGCUCUACGCCCGCACCACCUGUAAGCUCAAGACUGAUAAUGUGUUCUGGGGGGAACACUUCGAGUUCAACAACCUGCCUGCCGCCAAGAGCAUCACGGCCCACCUCUACAAAGACACAGACAAGAAGAAAAAGAAAGACAAAAACAACUACAUCGGACUCGUCAGCAUCCCUGUUGCAGCUGUGACGGGACGACAGUUUGUAGAGAAGUGGUAUCCGGUCAGCACCCCCAACCCCACCAAGGGCAAAACCUCUGGGCCCAUGAUCAGGAUCAAAGCCCGCUACCAGAGCAUGAGUAUCCUGCCAAUGGAAUUGUACAAGGAGUUUGCAGAGUACACCACCAACAACUACAUGCUGCUGUGUUCGGUGCUUGAGCCAGGGAUCAGUGUGAAGAGCAAAGAGGAGAUGGCGUGUGCACUGGUCCACAUUCUGCAGAGCACUGGCAAGGCCAAGGACUUCCUCACGGACCUGAUGAUGUCAGAGGUGGAUCGUUGCGGGGAAAACGAGCAUCUGAUCUUCAGGGAGAACACACUGGCCACGAAAGCUAUAGAAGAAUACCUCAAACUGGUGGGGCAGAAGUACCUGCAGGAUGCCCUCGGUGAAUUCAUCAAAGCUCUGUAUGAGUCGGAUGAGAACUGUGAGGUGGAUCCAUGCAAGUGCUCAUCCGGUGACCUGCCGGAGCACCAGAGCAACCUGAAGAUGUGCUGUGAGCUGGCCUUCUGCAAAAUCAUCAACUCCUACUGUGUUUUUCCACGAGAGCUGAAGGAAGUGUUCGCGUCAUGGCGGCAGGAAUGCAGCAACCGGGGUCGACCGGACAUCAGCGAGCGUUUGAUAAGCGCAUCCUUGUUCCUGCGUUUUCUCUGUCCAGCAAUUAUGUCCCCCUCGCUCUUCAACCUGAUGCAGGAGUAUCCCGAUGACCGCACCGCACGCACACUUACACUCAUCGCUAAAGUGACCCAAAACUUGGCCAAUUUUACCAAAUUUGGCAGUAAGGAAGAGUACAUGUCCUUCAUGAACCAGUUCCUGGAGCAUGAGUGGACUAACAUGCAGCGGUUUCUUCUGGAGAUCUCCAACCCCGAAACAAUCUCCAACACAGCAGGCUUUGAGGGCUACAUUGACCUAGGGAGGGAACUUUCCACCUUGCACUCCCUUCUUUCUGAGGUGGUCUCCCAGAUGGAACAGAGUGUGGCUUCCAAGCUGGGUCCUUUGCCCAGGAUCCUACGUGAGGUAAACACGGCUCUGUCCAACCCAUCCAGUGUUCAGAUGACUCCCGUACAGUCCUCGGAGCCGAUGGGGUCCCCUCCCGCUGUGGCAGGCUGCAGCAUCUCCACGGGUCUUCACAAGAUGGUCAUAGACAAUGAACUUUCUGGAUUGGUUGACUUCACAAGGUUACCUUCCCCGACCCCGGAGAACAAAGAUCUGUUCUUUGUGACGAGGAGCUCAGGGAUCCAGCCCUCCCCAGCACGCAGCUCCAGCUACUCCGAGUCCAACGAGCCUGACCUGGGGAUGGCCAACGGCAGCAAGAGCCUGUCCAUGGUCGACCUUCAGGACCCCCGCAGUCUGGAAAGUGGCCCAGGUCCCAGUCCCUCAGAUGGUGUUGUUGAGAGUCUUGCCCCCGGGGGGGUGUGGUCAGCCAGAACCCCACAGGGCAAUAUCACUGGAGGUCCCACCCUGCGAAGACCUGGCCAGACCCCUACCACCCCAGGGACAGAGAGCACCCCGGGCCGGCCCGCUCAGCUUCUCGCCCCACUGUCUUUCCAGAACCCGGUCUACCAGAUGGCUGCUGGCCUGCCCGUGUCCCCGCGUGGCAUGGCUGACUCUGGCUCCGAAUGCCACAGCUCUGUCAGUUCCCAUAGCAACAACGAGGAUGGACCAACAGGAGGGAAGCAUGCCUUCCUUAACCAUGGUGGUGGAGGAGGAGCAGGAGCAGGAGUAGGGGGAGGAGGAGGAGGAAGCAGUGGGGAUGAGUACUCCAGGCGUUCAGGCGAGUUUCCGCGCCGGCAGCUGUCCCUCACAGAAGCCCAGCACCAGCCCACUAUCCCCAGACAAAACAGCGCUGGUCCCCAACGCAGGAUAGAUCAACCCCCGCCACAGAGCGUCACCCGGGGCCGCACGCCCCCCAACCUCCUCAACAGUGGGCCUUACCCCAGGCCCUCCUCCGGCAGCAUGAUGUCCUCGUCCCCCGACUGGCCAGGAAGCGGUGCGAGGCUACGGCAGCAGUCAUCUUCGUCCAAAGGCGACAGCCCCGAGACCAAACAGAGGGUCCAGCACAAACAGGCCCCCUCCCCAGUGAACCCAAAUGCGCUGGACCGCACGGCUGCCUGGCUAUUGAAUAUGAAUGUGCAGUAUUUAGACCAUGAGGGGACGGAGCCAGACUCACAGAGAAACAGAGAGGAUCUGAAUCAGGUGGAGAAGUACCAGCAGGAGAUUGCUGUGCUGCAGGAGAAGCUACGGGCGUCGGUCCAGAAGCUGGAGGAGUACGAAGCCCGUCUGAAGGGUCAAGACGAACAAGCCCAGAAGGUCCUGAUGGAGUACCAGGCUAGACUGGAGGAGUCUGAGGAACGCCUCCGCAGACAGCAGGAUGACAAAGACCUCCAGAUGAAGGGUAUCAUCAGCAGGUUAAUGUCGGUGGAGGAAGAGUUGAAGAAGGACCAUUCAGACAUGCAGGCGGUAGUUGAUUCAAAGCAGGGGAUCAUCGACGCACAGGAGAAGCGCAUAGCAUCGCUGGAUGCAGCCAACUCCCGCCUGAUGAGCGCCCUGACCCAGCUAAAGGAGCGCUACAGCAUGCAGACCCGUAACGGCAUCUCCCCCACCAACCCCACCAAGCUCCAGAUCACCGAGAACGGCGAGUUCAGGAACAGCAGCAACUGCUAGACGGCGCGAGACGCGACGGGCCGCGAUGUGUUUGCGUGGCCGGCGUGCAUGUGUUCGAAUGAGCGUGUGUGUCCGUGCAUGCGCGGCUGCAUGUCUGUCUGAGAGACUGCCUGUAUGUAUGUGUAUGUGUGUGAAGAAGGAGGUGUGCUGCUUGUGGAGGACGUUUCCUUUCAUGGACACUUAGCAAGUGUCGGAGUGAAAACUUGGGGACUGUUUCACUCCGAGGGGCCAGCCGGAGGCAGAGGGGCUUCAGUAUAACAGAGUAGAAACCGAGUGAGAGCAGAUGGACAGAACUGAUCACCAGAGGGCCUUCGGUGGGAGUGUGGUGGGCGGAGGAGGUGAGCAAAGCGUGUAGAUAAUGAGCGUAGAGUCCUCCGUCAGACAACCAGUUGCGUUUCCAAUGGAUGUAUGCAGUCGAUGGGACGAAUCAAGACCCCCACGCCUGGGACUAACCACUAUGUAAUAACACACAUCGGCUGUCAGAGACAGUCGCCCGAGCACCCCUCCUCCUCCCCCCACCCCCCUCUCUUUCUCUUCUCUUCUCCUUGAUGACCAAGUGAACCCAGCGAAGAAAAAAUAGAAACUAGCAUUGACAAAUAACGCGAUCGUUGUCUCGAGAAGAUUAUUUUCCACUGCUUUAUUUCAAUGUCCCAUGUUUUGUUUUUUGUUUUUUUGAAAAACCAAAUAUGAGCUUCAAAAGAUAUUUUUAGUUAAAGAAAAACGACUUAUUUUAUCUUCCAGUCCUUUGGUGUGGUCCAAAGUGCCCCGCAAGCCCUUUCUCUCCCCCCUAUGUAGUGCACUUUGUGAAAGCUAUUGGUACAUUUAACGCCUUAAGUAAGGAACGCACCUCUUACUUUGUCCUGCAGCGCCCUCAUUCCUGCAAAAAAAAAAAAAAAGAUAAAAAAAGGCACACCUUAUACUGUGGAUUUGUAAAGGGAAAAAAAAUGUAUAAAUACAUCACUUAAAGUAUGAUGAACUCUAUGUGACACUAAUGAAAUUUAAUAUUGAUGUAUGCAUUUUUUUUCUUCUAUAGAAUAUACACACAUAUAACUAUAUUUGAUAAUCUCAAAUAUAAAAGCAACUUUAUUUAGGAGUGUGUUGUAAAAUUUAGAGAUUUUUUUGUUUUUUUUGUUUUUGUUUUCUGAUGGGAUAACUGAAGCUUUAGAAGGGUUCGCUUUGGGGACCUGGUGAAAAGACCACAGAGAACAGUGACCGGUACCAUCCUCACAAUCAUCCUUAAAAAUCUCAGUAAACCUUGUAUGGUCUAAGUUUGGGGGGGGGCACACUUUUUAGCAUAGCGUGUACUUCCGCGAACCUGUGAACCUGCAGGUGACCGGUCCGUGCUGGUGCUGGUCACUGUUCUCAGUCAUUGGUAACACAGUUCAGCAGAGCCAGUUUUAUUUAAAGUCCAUCCAUUUUGCUGUACGUCGGUUACAUGUCCUGCCCCUGUUGACUGGGGACAUCAGCGAUGUUUUUGUAGUCUUUUCAUCGCAGUAGCACAAGAGGAGCUCUAGAGGGGGCUGUUUCCACACACACACACACAAACUCACGCAUACUAUACACUGGACUGGUGGGUCAUUGAAAUGAUGGCCUCCUAACUUUGAACUUUUGUCUUCUGUAGCGGUUUUGUUUGUCAGUCGUAAUGAAGUAUGCUGCAUCCAAACUGUGACUCCAUUCAUUUUUGUGGCAUCGUCUGUCCUCUCCUUUUUCACUUUCUCUCUCUCUCUCGCUCACUCUCUCUCCCUCAUAUCCUUGCCUUCUCUCCUGUCCUUACAUCUGAAUGUGAAGAUGCUAGCUCACAGUUGGUCUUAAGAAAGGGUCUACUCCCUCCAAAUCAUCCUGUUGCCAUCAGAUCCGUAACGCCAUGCCAUUUCUGCAUCAAUAUUUUGUAUAUUUUUGUAUCAUUAUUUUGUUUCGUUUCUUUUUUUACCUUUAACAGACUAUAUUAAAGUACAGUAAAUAUAAGAUUCUGCAUGCUUCAUCCUGGCACUAUAGCCAAUGGUAGCGUCAGUUUCAUCAUUUCUUACGUUAUCCAAAGGAAGGCGAUGAGAAUGAUGAUUAAUGCCAAGAUGCAGACAGUGAAUAUAUGAUAAUACUGAGUGGGUCAAAGAGUUGGACAGACUGGGAAAGUGUAAAUAAAAUGUUGACAAUAUUUUUACCUAAUUUUAACAGAGAGCAUUUUUUUUUGUAAAUGUACCUUGUGCUCAACUCUGCUGUAUCAAUAUGACAUGGAUAUUGUAAAUAGCAAUUACUAAAUAGCUCAAUCAGUCAUCUUGUCGGUGGUUAGACCUAUGAAGUCCACUUCUCAGUCAGUCUUCACCCUGUUGAAACUGUUUUUGUAUCACAAUAUAAACACUUCGGUAAUAUCAGUAGGUGAAAUCAGUUAGAGUAGGUGUUUGACUGUUGGGAGGUCUUGGAUGACGCAUGUUUGAAGGCCGGGCUGAGUCCGGGCGGCCACCAAGCUGCAUCUCAGUCAAGCACGAUGGGAAUCGCAAGCACAAUCCUGUUGUUCCUCCUCAGUCUAGUUCAAAUGCACUUUUAUGUUUAAGGCGAAUAUCAAUUCCCUCUAUUCUAGGACGUCACCUGUUUGUUUUUUUGUUUUUUUGUUUUUUUUUUUUAGCUCAAAAAAACUGUGGCAAUGGAAGCAGCCAAAGAAAUGGAUUUGACCCUGUUCGCUCAGCCACAGCAUUGAAUCACACUGCUGUACACAGAAAUGCUAUUCUUCCUGUGCUUCCCUUGUGAAGACUAGCCCCAGGCUGUUAGUUGUACACAAGACGUCCACUUGUGGUAACAGGAAGCCAGGGAGACACAACGCCUGUCUUAUGCUUACAUCUCGCCAGGCGUUGGCUCCUAAAUCAACCAGAUAUUUUGCCACUGCAGCGAUAAAAACAACUGCCCUGUACGGUGGUAAAUCCAAGUGAUGCAUGGCUGUCGUCUGUUCCACACUGUGCAAUAUCUGUAACUCCGCUAGAGACGUUUCGGACAAAGCGACGUCUUCAUGUUUGGCUUCAUCAUUGACCAAGCUGUUUAGUCAGUCAGUCACCGCCCUUCCCGCCCCCCCCCCCACUUCAGUUUCAACAUGGAGUUUCUAGUCAGAGACCCUCAGCAAGCUCACACAAUCCGUCUCUGUAGCGACAACCAUCCACUUAACUCAUACCGUGCAGCCAGUCUGAGAAAAAGAUAAACAUAUAAAUCUAUAAAUAAAAAGAUGUUGUAUGUUUUCUAAUAACUUGUAGAAAAUACUUUUGUAAGUAUGUUGAAAGUAAAGUAUUUGCUGGAUUCCGCUUCCUUUGACAACAGUGACAAAACAAUAAUGUACAAAGGAAUUUGUUUGUGUUGACAAAAUAAUGUGGCUGUGCAAUUUAUGUACAUUUGCAACUAGACCUAUUAAAGUUUUA